AUGCUGCGCAGACCGGGCCGCAGCUGCCAAGGGGCCCUCCUCGCCACUGCCGGGGUCAUCUUGCUUUCGCGCUCGCCUGACCAGAGCUUGGAGCACUGGUCAGACAGCCGAGAUGCCGUGGCUUGGAUGUGCCCUCCACUUGCCAGAAAUCAGGCAGCUCCCUCGAUCGGACGAGGUUUGCAGCUUGCGGAGCCUUUUGCAAGCUGCCAGCCCACACCCAGGCGCAGGAUGGGCACAUUGCCUUUGAGAGCUGGUGCUGAGCCAGUUCGGUCUAUUGAGUCUGCGAAGCGUCGAGCCCCCUGGACACGCUCCAUGUUGGGUGUUCUGCUGGGACUUUGCCUUGGCUUUGCCGCAGCUUCCAGUGCGAAGGCCGCCACGGCUGCCGUUGCAGCCAGGCCCCACCUUGGAAUCCGGUUGGCAACCAAGAUGAAGAGUGCUUUUUCUAUACCCGAUUGGGCCAUCCUAAUGAUGAUCUCAGCUUUGCCAUUAGUCGAGCUUCGCGGAGGCGUGCCAGUCGGCUUGUGGAUGGGACUGGCCGUGCCGCAGGUGAUGUUGCUCUGUAUUGUGGGCAACAUGAUACCAAUCCCGCUGAUCCUUACAGCGCUCAGGAUUGAAAAGAUGAAGCAGCUGCUGUCACCGCUGCUAAAACGUGCAGCACAGAAGACAGAGCCGAUCGGAGCCCAUGACCGAUGGGUGGGUGUCGCCGCGUUCGUCGGCGUCCCUUUGCCUGGGACAGGGGCAUGGACCGGAGCCAUGGUUGCCUACUUGCUGGGGAUGGACCUCUGGGAGGCAAUCACGUCUGUCCUAGCAGGAGUCGUUGUGGCUGCCUGCAUCAUGGCGUCUCCUCCUCAGAUUGGAAGGUUGCCAACUGUUUGCUUGAACUACUGCCGCGGUCGUGUGAUGAAGGUCGCUGACCCUGGCCGGCUGGUUUGGCUGUGCUGCAGUGGUGGCGCCGGCAAACUCGAGCCUUACGCGAUCUGGCUGAUUGAAAGCGCAUGUUCGCCAGGUGUUGCUGGGCAUCGUCGCAUUGGCCAGCAGAUGGUUGCAGAUGAAGUGAUGCAAGUGAUCCGCUGGACCGAGCGGACCCAUGUGCCUGUAAGCAAACUUUGCAACCUUUGCAAACACCCGAAUUUGUUCGCCCCAUGCAGGCCACAUGAGAAGGCACUCUCCACACUCCACGACUCCGCGAACAAAAACCCGUGA